UCAACAAACAAUGUAUGGUCUGUUAUUCUAAACAUCAUGUGAAAUUCGCUAUUGAUUGUUUGGUCUUGUGAUUAAUACGGGGCAGAUUUUCAUCUUAUAUUAUACAAUAUGGAUUACUAUAUUUUUUCUGUGAUGCGUGUGUUUAUGAAGAUGUGCUCAAAAUGUGGACAAUGUCUUUCUAACUGGUACUUUGAGAAACAUGGCCAGUUGUUCUGUAAACAGGACUACUGGGAGUCCUUUGGGGAGGCGUGUAAUGGAUGUACAGAAAUUAUCACAGGACCAGUAAUGGUUGCUGGGGAGCACAAGUAUCACCCGGAAUGUUUUCAGUGUGUCAUGUGUCAUACAUAUAUUGGAGAUGGGGAGAAUUAUGCCCUCGUUGAAAGAUCAAAAUUAUUCUGUGGGAUGUGUUACAAUCAACAGAUGAAACCUAUUCUAGCCGAGACUCCUCGUCGCCGUCGGAAACCACAUUCCAUACAAAUGAUAGAAGUACAGCCUACCCCGGACAGGCCUCGCGGCCUCCAUUUUAACAUUGAGAAGAAGAACACACUUUAUACGAGACAGUCUGCUAACAGAAUUAAUUCUCCGCAAAUAAAGAUUUCAAAGAUUGAUAGCAAUCCGGAACUCUUGGAUUUAAGCAUUGGUGAUCAAAUCAUUGAAGUGAAUGGCCUUAGUGUUAAAGAUCAAUAUAUUCAAGAAAUUAAAUCAGUGCUGGAAAACCCCAAUGAAGCCUUACACCUUAUGGUUGAACGAGAUCCCUCACCGUUACCUGUACAACAAAGUUCUCCAGUAUACAGUUCUGACACCGAAUCGGACACGGAGAGAGUGUCAGUUUCGUCACCUGAUGCGGUUCAAGUGGAAGGAACAAAAGUUCUCCUGAGGCCAAAGGAUAAUGGAAGUAGCCAUAGGAGAAGUCAUGUUAGAAGAAGAAGUAAGUCUCCAUCACCCAUGCCAGCUUCCCGUCAAAAAAGUGUAGACCUCAGCCGAGCUCAGUCAUUCCGCACUAUGCCAGAGACACAUCGUGUUUUCCGCACCAGUGAUCUUGUUCCGGGCCCUAUCCUGGGGAAAGGUUUCUUUGGGCAGGCUGUAAAGGUCACACAUAGACUUACAGGAGAGGUGAUGGUGCUUAAAGAAUUGUAUCGCUUUGACGAAGAUGCUCAAAAAAGUUUCUUGAAAGAGGUUUCUGUGUUAAGAAGUUUAGAUCAUCCCAGUGUAUUAAAACUUCUUGGUGUGAUGUAUAAAGACAAGAAAUUGAAUCUUGUCACAGAGUUUAUAGAGGGCGGCACACUGAAAGAUCUCCUACAGGACCAGUCUAAAACAUUGUCAUGGUUACAGAAAGUAAACAUGGCAAAGGACAUUUCAUCUGGAAUGGCAUAUUUACACUCAAUGGACAUAAUACAUCGUGAUCUCAACUCAAAUAAUUGUCUUUGUCGUGCAGAUCAAACUGUGGUAGUAGCAGAUUUCGGUUUGGCUAGAGUUAUAUCUGACCAUGACUUGUUCCGUCAACCUCCUAAAACACCGUCUCCGGUAAAAGGUGCCGGGAAACGGCGAUAUCAGAGGAAGAAGCGAUACACAGUGGUAGGAAAUCCAUUUUGGAUGGCUCCGGAGAUGAUAAAUGGGCACAAAUAUGAUGAAAAAGUAGAUGUUUUCUCAUUUGGAAUAGUUUUAUGCGAGAUAAUUGGUCAGGUUUAUGCUGAUCCGGACAUUUUACCAAGGAGUUAUGAUUUUGGUCUCAAUGUUGAAGCGUUCAAGGAGAAGUUCUGUAAAGAUUGUCCAAAUGGUCUCUUGAAGUUAGCCGUCAUUUGUGCUCAGAUGGUGCCAGAGAAUAGACCAUCAUUUGAGAAAGUUAACCUUUGGUCAGAGAAUCUUCUUCUGCACAUAGAGCAUGGCAUGAAGUUACCAUUAGAGCUUCAAGGAGAUGCUGUGACAUUUUACAAGGAUUUAAAGGCAAGUGCAAUGUCUAAGGCAGCUACUAAAGAGAGUAAAAAUAAUGCUAAAGAAAAAGAGGAAAGAUCAGUAGAGAGGAAAGGGUCCAAGAAAGGAGUGAGACGAAAGUCUAGCCUGUGUGUUAUUAGUGAAAGUUCUAAUAAUAAAACAAAUGCAUUUGAUAAGAACAUAGAUGGAAGUGGUGAAAAAACAAGUGAAUUACAAGAAAACACAACUGAGCCUAUAGAUAACACAAAAGAUAAAGGUGCUGAUACAGAAGAAAAUGCAAAUGAGAAGACAGAAAAUAUGAUAGAUGCAACAGAAGAAAUUGUAAUAAAUGUUACAGAAAAGACAAUAGAGAAUACUGAGAAUUCAAUUAACACUAAUGAAAAUAUAACAGAUGUAGAUAACACAUUAAAGCAUUCCGAAAUUGCAACAGAUUCAGAAGUUGUGAAAGAUAAUUCUGAUAUUGCAGAAGAUCAUUCCGAAAUUGAAAAAGAUAAUUCUGAAAUUGCAAAAGAUCAUUCCGAAAUUGAAAAAGAUAAUUCUGAUAUUGAAAAAGAUCAUUCCGAAAUUGAAAAAGAUAAUUCUGAAAUUGCAAAGGAUUAUUCAGAAAUCGAUAAAGUGUGUUCUGAGGAGUCUUCCGAAAUUUCUCAGAUUGAAAUAGAACAUUCUCUGAAUCAGAAAAAUUCUGAUAUUGGAAUAGGUGACUCUACUGGUAUGUCUGAAACAGAGGGGACUGUUACUGAUAUGCAAACUAUUGAUAUUUCAAAAGGUGCUGAUAAUUUUUUGAGUGAUAUAUCCGACCACUGUGAUACAAGUUUCGCUAAAAAUAAUAUUGCAAUCACUUAAGUGACCACCAUAACGCUGAAGAUUUGAAUAAGACUUUGUUGGGAGAAAAAAAAAAGGAAUUUAUUUUAUAAUCAAAAAGAAAAAGACAUGUACACAACAGAAAUGAUAUUUUAGUGCCUUUCUAAAGCUUAUAAGAGAAGGAACUGUUCAAAGUGAGCUAUUUGGAUUGUUAAAAUUUGUCUGACUUAAAUAUUAUGUUAAUCCACUAUCACUUUAAACAUGUAUUCAUAAUCUACACACAUAUUUAUUACUAGACUCUAUAGUAAAUAAACAAUGCGGGUCCAAAAUAUGGAAACUUGAAUAAGGUAAUUGUUAAACCCUUAUACUAAUUUACCCAAAUUGAACUGAAACUGAAAUAAGCUCUUGCCACCACUGGGCAGUCUUACCAUCUUUAUACUGCUGGUAGCUCAAUCUUUUUUUUUAUUUUGAUAAUAAAAUCCUGUAGACUGUUUCAAAUUCGAAGCUUGAUAAAUCCAAUACAAAAAUUCUGCAGGUUAAGGGUGAUCAUGCUGAAUUUAUUAAAAUAGACAUAACUAGCUUCUAUUUCUUGGAACUGCUGACUCUCAGUUUUGUUAAAAUUGUGAUGAAAAUUUUAACAUGGUCAGCAUUAGUGUAGAGUUUGGUCAGCUUUGCAGAUAUGCAGGCUAAAGUUAUGUGAAACUUGUUUUGUAUUAGCUGUCAGUGGUCACUUAAACUAUUUUUUUAAAAUUUUAAUUUUUGAAAAAGAACAAAAUAUUUAAUCAAGAAAAUGUUGACCAGAAUUCCUUUUAAGUGUUAAACUAAAUUAUGCAAAUAUGUCUUACAUGUACAUAGGGUCACUAUAUUUUAUACAAAAAAGGAAUAAAACAGCAAAAAAUAUUUACUUUAACAUAAAUAAGAUUAUGCAAAAAAGGAAAAAGUAAUAACAAUGCUGAUAACAACAUUUAAAUGUCUCAUUUCACAUAUUCAUGUAUUAAUUGUGAUAAUAAAUCAUUUUUCAUUGUGGUUACAUCAUGUCAAAUUAAAUAUGUUCCAUUGUAGUUAAAUCAUUUCAUAUUAAACAUGCUCCAUUGUGGUUAUGCCUUGUCAUAUAAAAUAUGCUCCAUUGUGGUUACAUUAUGUCAUAUGCUGUAAUUUAUUACAUCCUUUUCAUAAAUAAAGAAUAAAGAAAGUGAAAUUAUGUUUUGAUAAAAAUGAUAUUUCACUGCAGACAAACCAUGCUUAAAUUAGUAUGAAAAACAAUUUAUCAUUAUAUUAAUAAAUGAAUUGAGAUAUUGUUAGGAAUACACUCCACUGUAAGUACAUGUACAUUGUACAUGAUUUCUGGUUUGUACAUGUCAUAUUAAAUUCUAACAAAAGUAGAGUAUUUUUUUGCAGAAUUAUUUAUUAACGUAAGCUGCUAUCAUUAUUUGAUGAUGUCACGUAAUACAGCAAAAAUCAGUAAAUGUGACAUAAAAUUAUAAAAAAGAGCAUGAAGCAGUCGUAAAAUUUGUGUGUUUUGCAUUUUAGAUUGUUUAAGUCUCAUUAACACUAGCUGCUUUCACUUGUGGCUAUGUCUCUUAUGAAAUUAUUACAUGAUGGUGUUCACUCUGUGAAAUAUAUUAGUAAUGAUAAAUUAUUGCCAUGAAAUUAAAUGACUAUUUUGAUGGAAAAUUACCCCACUUUCAAUUUGCCCCUUAAUGACUUGCCCCACAAUUUGACCCUGAAUGACUUGCCCCCACAAUUUGCCAUUCUUUCAAUUUCAAGUCACCCUAUUCAAAUUUACCCCUGAAUGUCUUGCCCCUCUUUCAAUGACAAUUCACCCCACUUACAAUUUGCCCGUAAAUGACUUGCCCCACAAUUUACCCCUUAAAGAUUUGCCCAUAUUUAAGUACAAUUCAUCUCACUAUAAAUUUAAUCCUGAAUGACUUGCCCCUCUUUUAAUGACAAUUCAACCCACUCACAAUUUGCCCCUGAUUGACUUUCCCCUCUUUCAAUGACAAUGUACCCCACUCACAAUUUGCCCCUGAAUGACUUGCCCCUCUUUUAAUGACAAUUCAACCCACUUACAAUUUGCCCUGAAUGUCUUGCCCCUCUUUCAAUGACAAUUCAACCUACUCACAAUUUGCCCCUAAAUGUCUUGCCCCUCUUUUAAUGACAAAUCACACCUUAUUGACUUGCCCCUAAAUGACUUGCCCAUAUUUAGGUACAAUUCACACCUACUCUAAACUUUCACCUGAAUGACUUGCCUAUAUUAAGUUUCUAUUCAGUCCUAUUCAUUUCCUAUCUGAUCAUAAUAAACAUGUUUUAAUCAUUUUCUUAGAGAAUAUUGUUUUUGUGUUAUGUUUGUAUGUUUUUGGUAAAAUAACUUUUUAUUGGUUAGUUUAAGAAAUAAAGGUAUGGGUAAGUUUCUAGAAGGUUUAAAGCUUUCAUAUUGAUUUCUUCAUAUAUUUGUAACCAUAAAGUGCAUAUUAAGAUAUUUUGAAAACAAGUACAAUGUACAAACAAAUGUUAAGGUUAAAUGUUUUUGUAUUUGAUAAAUGUUUGAAAUGAUGGCGUUUUUGAGGUUACAAAAAAGGUCAUAAAGUUAUCUUGAGUGGGAAAAAUUAUGUUAUUUCAAAGGAUAUCACUGUAAAAUGUAAUAAUUAAUAAUAUGUCAUUUAUGAACUGUUAUGAUAUGAAUUACAUGUACUUGUUCAAUGCAUAUUUUUAAGAAUUCCUACCAUACAUUCCUUAAUUAACACACAUUGGGCUAUACAUUUUCCAAAAGUUGGUUGGGUUAUUAAUUAAAAGUACAAAAAAUGUUGAAUAAUGUCGAAAUUAAGUAUUUUUGUGUUAUUUUCCUCUGAAUUACAUAAUAUUAUACAAAUCUGUGAAGUUUUUUUCUGGUUUAAUAAUAAAAACUGUCACCUUGGUAACUCGGUUCUCUGUCAAAAGGGAAUGGUGUUUAUUAGGGGAGAGGCGUUAAUUAGAAAAUGUAUGGUACUUGUACAUGUAAUUAUGUUGGCUUUGAUAUAUUGGUAUUUUGUAUACAUUAAGGGAACAAUUUGCUUUUUAAUUGUUGAAUAAUAGAUAUAGAUAAUGAUAUUUUCUAUGAAAAUGUUAGCAUAUUAUA